GAUGCAGCCAAAAAUAAACAUUGCAGGGUCUGGGGGACCAGAGCGUUGUACUUGCAAUGGGUACAGUUUUCUGAUGAACGGCACGGAAUGUGGAGCCCUUGAGCGGGUUUUUAAUCGUUCUUUAACCCAUGGGGCUCCAUGAAGAGCACGUUAUCUAAUAUCCCCAAUAUUGUAAGGAGCGCUACGAAGGAAUCGUCAGCUGCCCUUGGUUAUGUCAGGGGCAUUAUCAUAUCGAUGGCAAGCAGUCUCGCGAACCGCAACUUAUCUCAGGGCAUCGACAUAGAUGAAAUCGAUAAUCGACUAGAGGUAUCGUGCGAGCCUUGGUGGUUACAGAACUGCAUGAACGGGCGCCCACAGCGAUAGUGGUUUAAGAGGUCUCUUCAUAUUCCAAUCAGAGAGGGCUUCUCCAUAAAUCAGAGAGAGUAGCGGAAUCCCGUGCAGUGGAGUAUGAAGUGGAUCAAAAGAUGAGCAAGCCAUGGACGGAACCCGAGGCGGAGCCUAGAACAUUUCAAGUCUCACGCACGGACCCCUUUCGUGUUCAGGGUCUGGACGCCUGAAGCCGGAUUCAUCGACGUCGAUCACCCGACUAGGACGUUAUGCGACUUCGAAGUCAGCACGAGUGGUCGUACUAGGCCCGCAGAGCACUCUGAAACACAAUGGUUUUCAAACCAAUUCUUC